UGUUGCAUCACGUGAAUCUUAUCCCAAAAUGGCAGACUCUGAACAGCUUGACGUUUUGGAAAAAAGAAUUGAAGGCUUAGAACAAAUUGUUUUCGGUUGUGCAGAAAAAGAUGCACUGUAUCCAAAGGUGUCUGAGAGUGAUAUAAAGUGUAUUGAGAGUCUAGUUGAAAUAAAUAAUAAAUUAUCAGCGGCCAUUACGGGCAAAAAGAGAAUACCUAAAACAUUCAGUAAAGUUGGUGAUUUAAAGAUGUGUUUAGAUCCAGCCUACUCGGACGAGAUAACUCUAUCGGAAUCAGCGAAAACUGACACAGUUCUAGCAGAAGAAGAGUUUUUGAAACAACAAGCAGCUAGACUUGAUACCAUGCAACAACUAGAAGAAAUGAUACACAGUGAACAUAUUAAAGCUGUUCCUAAAUUUUCCAGUAAACUUCAUGAAUUGAGUCAAAUUCACAUAAACCAACAGGAUCAAGCUGCAUUAGUAACAGAAGAUGUACAGAAAUUAUUAGAUUCCUACAAUACCAUUGUAACUCUACUGUCAAAACAGUUUGUCAAAUGGGAUGAGACAGUCACAAAUCUAGAAAUAGCUUCACAGGGGAAGAAAUAAACAAACAGAACAAUUAUACCAGUCAUUCUCGUGGGUUUCUUGGUUCUUUAGACUGUAUCCUAGUUAUGUUGGAGCAUUUUUAUUUUACGAACAAUUAUAUCUUUAGAAUAUAGCCAAGUGAGAAUGGAGAUAUUCAGACUUGUGUAUAUUUGUGUAUCUAGUAAAACAAUAUUCUGAAUGGGAUACAACUUAGUCCUGAAAAGUAGAAGAUGAUUGAAAUGGUCAUUUAAUUGGUGGGGAUGAGAUUUUACAGCCAAUUCCCCCUUAUCAAGGGUUUGUGGUAGUGAUGGUCGUCUGAAAAUUUCAAAAGUCCUGCAGACACUUUUGGAUUUCUGUUAAUAAAAUCUACUAGUAUGCCUUGCUUUUUGAACUAGGCCUAUAAAAUAUCAGGACAGGCCUUGAAAGACCCUUGAUUGAGUUUAAAUUUCUGUAUGGAUCUUUUAGUGAAAAGCGAUGUGACUGAACGAUUGUUAACAGGCCCACAUACUUUGUUCAACAUAUUUUACCUUCUUGCUUAAAAUAGCAACAAAUUCUACGCUGUGUAUUUUUUGUGCCUGAUUUUGUGUUGAUGUAUAUUACGUUUAUUUAUUAUGUAUAUAUAUAUAUUAUUGUUUACAAUCCAGUGCUGUAAAAGACAUGAAAUAAAAAAACUAUAUGUAAAUCUU